ACAGAGUGCAGAACACAUGAAUGUCGGCUGGUAUCGUGAUCACUACUCCCAACCAAUUUAUGUGCACAAGGAAGGGGGAAAACUCUCUGGAAAAAGCCCUCAGAACUAUACGAAUCGCACAGUGUUCCUGAAUAACAACCUGAGAGAAGGCAAAAUGACUCUCAGAAUCCGCAAUAUCAAUGUUUUUGAUGAGGGGCAGUACCGCUGUUUCUUUAAAGAUGGUGACAUCUAUGAAGAGGCCAUCGUGGAUCUGAAGGUGGCAGCUCUUGGCUUGGAUAUACAGAUUAAUGUUCAGGUUUUUAAUACAAAAGAGAUCAUGGUGGAGUGUAACUCACAAGGGUGGUUCCCACAAGCCCAGAUGAAGUGGAGAGACAGCAGAGGGAAUGUAAUUCCACCCUUAUCAAAAAUCUUCUCUCAGGAUGAAGCUGGAUUAUUGCACCUAAAGACGAGCGUUCUCCUCAAAAACAACACCCACGGUCCUGUCACUUGUGGCUUUUAUAAUCCAGUUACUGGUCAAGAGAAAAGGGCAGGUAUUGUCCUACCAGGUGAGUGCUCGUGA